AAACUAUGUGCAGUUGAUAGAUUCAUUGAAUCAGUAUGUGAAAAGUUGCAGGAGUUACGUAUAUAUAAGAUAGUUUCAGGAUUUGGGAAAAUUCCAUAGACAGUGAAAUUGAAGCUCUCUGAAAUGGGCAAGCAGCCACAUGUAUUGGCGAUUCCACUUCCAGCACAAGGCCAUGUUGGCCCCCUGCUGAAAUUAGCAACAAAGAUUGCUGAACAUGGAGUCAAGGUGACCUUUGUUAACACAGAGUUCAUCGAGGCGAAAAUCAUGGCUUCGAUGCCGGAGAUAUCGGCCAUAGGGGGGAGCCUGAUAGAGUUUGUUUCAGUCCCAGAUGGACUUGAACAUGGGGACAUUGAGAGAGAUUUUGAAAAGAGUAGAAAUAUCAUGAAAAAAGUUAUGCCAGGUAAAUUGAAGGAGUUGAUUGAGAAAAUUAACCAAGUAAGUGAUGAUCAGCAGAUCAGUUGUGUCAUUGGCGAUGUAAAUGCUCAAUGGGGUCUCGAAGUUGCCCAGAAAUUGGGGAUUCCGAGUGCUGCAUUUGUUACUUAUGGCCCUGCAAUCUUAGCCCUGCAAUUUCAUAUUACAAAGCUGAUUGAUGAUGGAGUUAUAGAUGCUGAUGGGACUGCAUUGAAAGAUGGGUUGAUCUCAAUUUCUGAGGGAAAUCUUCCCUGGAAAUUUGACGAAUUCCCAUGGAUGGUUCGAGGACAAGGAAAGAUACAGAAGAUAAUCUUUGAAUCUUCUAUUGAAGUUGUUGAGUGUGUUAAAAUGUCCAACUGGGUUCUUUCGAAUUCAGUUUAUGAACUUGACGCGUCAUCCUGUGAUUUGGUUCCCAACAUAUUACCCAUUGGUUCUUUACUCGCAAGUAAUAAUUCAAGGUUUUUGGCUGGGAGCUUUAGGCCCGAAGACUCAUCUUGCUUGAGCUGGCUCGAUGAAAAACCGAUAGGCUCAGUCGUUUAUGUUGCAUUGGGUAGUUCAACAAUCUUAAAUCAGGCACAGUUUGAUGAAUUGGCAAUUGGUCUUGAAUCCUCAGGCCAGUCGUUUCUCUGGGUCGUCCGACCUGACAUCUUGUGGGGACCGGUCGCUAUAUUCCCAGAUGGUUUCAAAAAGAGAAUAGCCGGUCGGGGAAAAAUUGUUGAAUGGGCACCUCAAGAGAAGGUAUUGGCUCAUUCUUCAGUUGCUUGCUUUGUAAGUCAUUGCGGAUGGAAUUCAACCCUGGAAGGGUUAACCAUGGGAGUGCCAUUUCUCUGUUGGCCUUUCUUUGUUGAUCAAUAUCAGAACAGUAGAUAUAUUUGCGAAGCUUGGAAGAUUGGUUUCGAAUUAACCCGAGACGACCAUGGGAUUGUCACAAGGCAUGAAAUUCAGGCAAAGAUUACAAAGUUGUUCAAUGAAGAAAGCAUCAAAGGAAAUGCAUUGAAGCUGAAAGAAAAGGCAACAAACAGUCUUGCUGAAGGUGGAUCUUCAUAUAAAAAUUUUCAGAGAUUUAUUGCCGAAAUAAAGUUUAGUUAAUUUCUAAGCUCAAUGUUCCUUAAGAAGGCCUUAAAUAAUGAUCCAUUGAUUAUAGAAAAAUUGAGUUCAUAUUGUUGAAUGCAUAUCAGUAAGAAUCUUGUAUUUUAGUAAUAUUCACAACAAGGGAUUUCAAGAAAGAGCAAUCUUAUGUAUCCCCAAUUUUGCGUAUUUAAUCAGAUUCACAGAUGAUGUGUUGUUUGGA